AGGUUAUGUAGAUAAUACGCCUCACGCAGUGGGAUACAGCCUUACAUGCGAGAGAGAGAGGGGCAGUACUGUGUUUACUGUGUUUUCUGGAUGUAACCGUGAUUCACAGUUGUAUUUAUACACAGGGACUUCGUGUUGAUAUUAUAAUCUUUGAGAACUGGCUGGAAGUGUCAGGUACUAGUGACAGAAAACAUAUCAACCACGAUGGCAGAGGCAGCAGAUGCGUCAAGCGAAAGUUCUGAAACAGGAUCAAAGACAGAUGAAGCUCUUGUAAAGUUAUUCCGCUCAGCUAUGUUUAGCUUGGUCGACGAAAAAGAAUUAUCGCCUGAACAGAGAGACACUGUAUAUAAUGAGAUUAGUGAUGACGAUGAGGAUGACGUUUUUCCUGUCGAGAUGCGCCAGCAGCCCCAACCCGAAGAGGAAUCCCCCUAUAUGACCCUCAAGACAUGCAUCAAAGACUGCUUUAGGAGGGACAUGGGGGAAAUGGCGAAGAGCAUGAGGAUAUCCAAGAUUGAGGAGAUGAUCGCGGAAAACACACCACCCCCACUGCCUCCUGCCAGACCUGGUUCAAGGCUAAGGGUUGCACAUUGUCGCCAAGAAGACGCAGAGGUUCCUGACGACUACGAACUAAUGAGUAUGCUUGUCAUGCAUAAUUUGGACAGCAAUAAACUCUCAUUCCUGAAACAGUCCGGUGUCUGUAGGAACAGGCUUAUAGAUAUCCUCAAAACAUGCCGAGCAGUCAUACAGUGGAACAACGUAACAUCUGAGCGCCUUGUUGCACUGGAAGCCAAAAGCGCAACGAGACUGUCAUCUGAGCAAGACAUACAGGCAUGGAGAGAGCAGGCUGAGGCAGCAAUAAAGGAGUUCCUUGACGAUAUCCUGGUGAUGAAGGUUCCAAUUAUGCCAAAGACUUGGGGUAAAAUACAGGCAACUGAUUCCGUGUCCACAAUAAAAAAUCCCAACCCAGAGGAACUGAGAAUUAGGCCUUCUGAUGAUCUGCCUGGUGUUAUCAUAGUAGGGUCGCACUCCCUCGUGCCUCAGGUAGUUGAAAACAUCAUGGAACUAGUUCGGGCUGUAGAGCGGGAUCUCCCGGACAAAGACAUGCUUCCGGUUACUCAACAAAAGCAAGUGUUUACAGACCUGAAACCAUGGCAGUUAAGGUAUUUGCAGAUCAUCGACUGUCCGGUCUUUCUGGAAACAAAAUUCCGAGGUCUUAACGUGCAGAUCAGCAUAGAUAGUGGAAGUGUUACUAUAGUUGGUCCAGGAACUGACAUUAUACAGGCCAGGAUUCAAAUUGAUGAAACUCUCAUAAAGAUUCAGAGUUCAACUGUCGUGAAUGUGCAUAAGAUUUUACUGUUCGCAUUCACUCGUGUUGAAUUCCAAGAUUACAUUCAGUGUCAACUGGCGACCAAAAAUCUGCUUGCGGUGAUCGAGGUUCUCUCUGAUGGACUGUGGAUCCAUGCGAGCGAUUUCGCGACAGCUUCGACUGUAUCCAAAAUAGUCACCGAGUCAGUAAAGGUCACUUAUCUGAAGAAGGACUUGUUAACAGUGGCUAAGUGGAAGACACUCAUCGAAUCCAUACACCAGAGAGUGAAAGAACCGUUCAUAAUAGAUAAAUUAACCGAGGACGAACCUGCCGUUAUGGCCUGUGCUGUUGAGGUUCAAGAGAUUGUCAUGACGAUGUUGGCAGAAGCCACAGAAAGAAGUAAUAUCCAGGAAAGGAAAAUCAGCUUCGAAAGAGGGAUAUUCCUUGCCCUCCACCGCUGUUGUUCAUCCUCCAUUGACGCCAUCAAGACCAAAUACGAAGUGGAUGUUUCUUUUGAACAUUCAUCUUUCUUGGUGAAAGUUGUUGGGCCAAGGUCAGGACUCAGCCAUUCCAUAGAAGAACUGAAGUCGUUGAGCGAUGAACUUAUUGUGAAGUAUUCCAGUUUGGACAAGCCGGGUGCCAUGGAGUUCCUUAAGUCCCUGUCAGGGAACUCCAUGAUGAAGGUAGCUGAAGAUGCACAUGUCUGUGUAAUAGAUAUUGAGGAAGAUACACCUCCUAUCGGUUCAAGUUUUGAUGAGGGAAGAAGAAACGUUUUCAAGGCAAAGGUGACAGUCGUAAAAGGAGACAUCACCAAACAACUUGUGGAUGUGAUCGUGAUCUCCGUCGGAAAAGACCCCACACUCAAAAAGGGCUCGCUCACCAAGGCCGUAUCAGAGGCGGCUGGUGCCGACCUCCAAAAGGAACGUAAGAAGAGGUUCUCCAAGGGCGUCACAUACGGGCAACUUGCUGUGACGUCAGGCGGAAAGCUCAGGUGCAAGAGUGUUUUCCAUUGCUGCCUUCCACCCUGGGGCACGGUGAUAAAGAACAUUAAGGACUUUCGGGAAACGGUUUUGACGUGCCUUGAGACGGCCGACGUCUCCAACUACACCAGCAUAGCGUUCCCGGCGAUGGGUUGCGGGGGACUCGGCUACCCCCCUCACCUUGCUGCCAGAGCUCUGUUCGAGGCCAUCUCAUGGUAUGAACGGACAACCAAGAGCGGCUUACAGGAAAUAAAUAUCGUCGUGUACGACACAGAGGAAAAGACAUACAAGAUAUUUGAGAAUGAAAGAAACAACAGACUUCUUGGAACAGACGUGCCAACGAAGGAUGUCGGGGAAGGAGGUGGCACGGGUGUCGAGAUAACAGUCAAAGUCGGAGAGUUGUCGGAAACCACGGCAGAUGUGAUAGUGAACACCACCAACAAGAAUCUGAGACUCAAUCAGGGAGCGGUUUCUAUGUCGAUAUCCAAAGAAGGUGGCUGGACCAUACAGAACGAGUGUAAUACCCACUACCGCAAGGGCAUCAACUUCGGCGAUAUCGCGGAGACAGGGGGCGGUAAUCUGCGCUGCAAGAAAGUGUACCAUUGCUGCCUCCCUAAGUGGCCUGAUUCAGCCGACUCUUUACAGCUUUUGAAGAAGACUAUUGACACGUGUUUGCAACGCGCCCCUUCCAGAGGCUAUGAGACCAUCGCCUUCCCAGCCCUCGGAACUGGGAUAUUGCAAUACCCGCAGGAGACAGUUGCCAAGGUGUUCAAGGAGAGAGUAGCCACUUUCUCCCAAGAGAACCCCCUGACUUGCCUGAGGGAGGUGAUCAUCGUCUUAUACCACAAGGAUGACAAAACUACAAAGGCGUUCAGUAAAACGUUUGACAGCGACCCGACCAUGAUCAGAGAACCAACGACCCCUGAUAAGACGAAGAGUGAAGAGUUUCGGAUGGACCCCCUCAAGGUUGAGGUGAAAGUAGGAACGCUUCACAAGGAAAAAGUGAAUACUAUCGUUGUACCAACUGAUAACAAAUUGUCACUUAAAGGUCUGGUGGGACUUCUGAAGUCAGUGUAUGGCCCCGAUUGUAUGGUAGGAAGCGAACGAGCAAACAUCACAAAAUCUGGGGCUGUCAUCGUUCCUGCUCAAAAUAUGCCCUGCACGAAUAUCCUGUUAGUGUCCACGGAAUACUUCAAGAACAAUGUUGAGGAAACAAUAAAGAAGUGUUUCAAGAAGGCGGACAAGAAGAAGAUUAUGUCACUCGCAAUAGGCCACCUUAUUCCAGAAAAUGACGCUGACGCAGAGAUAUUCGCCACAGGCAUGGAGAGAGCCAUCAAUCAUUACAAGAGGAACCUGAAAUACCUUAGUGAUGUUCGAGUUAUCCUCAACAACGCAGAACAAAUGUCCACGUGCGUUUUCAUGUUCAGACAGAAAGUAGGCCGAUCAGCUAUGAGGAAGUCCUUUCUGCUCCCCCAGGAAGAUGGAUUGCCUUCACCCACCAAACCACAAGCAUACCGAAGCAAGUCUAAGAUCUUGGAUGAUCAUCACCUGCCUUCACUACCGCGACUGCGCAUGUUGGCCACGAGCAAAGAGCACCUGGAUGACUGCAGUGAGACGGUCUCAACCAUCUUGCACGAUAAUUUAGAAACAGAAAUACUGACUGAUCCGGCACUAGAAACCCUUUCAGAUGAUAAGGUUUCACAAGUGACCUCUCUCUGCACGAAUCUGCACGUGAUGGCACAGGUAGACAGAAGCAAUGGGAUGGUGUCCUUCCAUGGGUCCAAAGAAGACGUCACGGCAGCGUACAGGAAGACUCAGGACGUCGUCCGUAAUGUAAAUACGAUGCAUCAAACACGGGAACGAGCCGUAGCGGUUCAGACCGGAGUCCAGUGGUACUACGCCCCUCCCGAGGGGGAGCCCAAGGCCUUUCCACCAGUGAGCAACAUGUUGCUGGAGCAGGCCUACGGGGAAAGUCUCCCCUCGGUCACCUUCAGAGGCCAGGGGGGUCCGGUCACUGCUGACUUCCUUACAUAUCGGUUCCACAUGUCACCUACAGAGUCAAUGAAGAUGUCUCGGGUGGAUAAGCGAGCUGGGUAGAAUGAUCCCGGUGGACCCAAGUAGCGGACAGAUCUCUCGUGUGGGCAAUUGGCAGCUCUGACUGGAGUUAUUGGUGACACCCCUCAUCAGUAUUAUCCUAGAUUGAAAUGAACAUAUAGAAAGUUAUCUGUAAAGGUUGAAAAUGGCUUGACUGUGCUCAAUGGGAUCUUUGUCAGAGUAUCCUGGAUGAAAGGGCUCCGUUGUUUGUCAAUCUUUUAUUAAACGGAAUAUUCUUACAUUCCUAGAUUUCAAAUUUGCGAUAUGGGUCACUUGUUGAAUGAUUAUGUCAACAUUUGUUGUAUUUGGUACUUUCUUAAUACAGUACAAUUUCUUGUGUAUCUUUGGGUGGAGUCCAUCCGGGUUUCGAACCCACACCCUCAGUGUGAGGUACUUAAUCACCAGUCUCGGUGGCUCAGUAGGUAAGGUCGCUGAGUUUGUAUGCUGGAGAUUAGGUGCCUCACCCUGAGAGUGUGGGUUCGAAUCCCGGAUAGGACUCCGCCUAAACAUAUACAAAAAAAUCAAAUAAGUACCAGACUUUGUUCUUCACGUUGAAAGUGCCAUCUCAUGAUUGUCAUCACCCCCCUCUUGCUUUUACGUUCAUGUACUUUAUUUCCGUUCGGUAUUUAAUCAGUUUACGUCAGCUCGACGGUUUCAUGAAUUAUUAUUGUUUGUUAGCUGUAUUUGUUCUAACCAGACUUGACUGAAGAUUAACAUAUGCAUUAUAGGACAGUCAUAUGUUUUGUACCUGACGUGUGUUUUGAUCAGAUCCACCAAUAAUGAUAAAUGCGCGCUCACAUCAAUAAAUACGUAAUUUCAGUAUGCGAUCUAAGUUUUAAUGAUGGUAACCAGGAACCAGGUAUGUUAAAUAUGUGAAUCUGAUAUAUUACACAUUAAAUAUAAAUCCCAAAAAAUGACUAGAAUAAUAUUUGCCAACAAUUAAACUAAGUCCCGGCAAACAAACUAUUAAAUUAUUUAAUAGACGAAUUGACUUUGAAAUACGAAAUACCAAAAAAAUCAUAUAAUAUGUUAAAACACUUAGAUGAAUAGGAUAGGAGAAAUUUGGCAGUAAAUAUUACAUAAUCUUUAUGUUUAAUAGGGCUUGGAGAAGUCUGGUUCUCUCAAUGAGUUGAAUAGUGAUUAUUUAUUAAGUAUGAUUAAACUUUAGUUAGAUUAAGAUAUAUUUCUAUUCAAGAUUGGUAAGUAAAAUUAAGAGAAAGUACAAGAUUCGAUAGUUACAGUAAAUACACAUUUUCAUAUAAUGCUCAACCAUAUAUGUAAUUCAAAAAAUAUCCAAUGCAUAGACGAUACUUAGCUCUCUAAAGAACUGGAGGUGCAAAAAUCUACAUCAAUAUUGGAAGAUGGAACAAUGUUGAAAAAUGUAAAAGAAUCUGUCCGAAUUGUAAUUUAAAUGAUUUGGAGGAUGAAUUCCACAUAAUAAUGAAAUGCCCAUGUUUCAAUCAUUUGAAAAACCUUUUUUUGUACCAAAGAAAUAUUUAAGCAAAUUUACAUACAACAUGUUGUGUAAAUUUAAUUAAUGAUUAUGAUCCAGCUAUAGUAGUAAACUUUUGUAAAGCUUCACUUAUAAGGAGUGCAUGUUAUCAUCAAUUACUGUACACUCUAUCUAUCUAUCUAUCUAUCUAUCUAUCUAUCUAUCUAUCUAUCUAUCUAUCUAUCUAUCUAUCUAUCUAUAUUAAACCGCCAUAACCCUUGAUGUAUAAUUUGUAUUUUUGUAUACUUUGUAUACUUUGUAUAUGGGCCUGAGGCCUCAAGUACAAAUAAAGAUUGAUUGAUUU